ACGAAGAAAGAAAUUAGAAUCAAAAGGAGGAGGAUACAAGAGAAGAUGGAAACAAUAUUGAAGGUGAAGAACGAAGAGAACGGACGGAGGCGCAGCAUGUCAUGCGCGGCAGAUGUUGAUCAGGCUCAGGCAGCAAGGUGUGUCAAGAGAAGGCGAAGAGAUCCAACUGCAGUUGCACUUGGUAGUGAUGAUAACAACCAAAGUCAGCAACAGCAGCAGUUUCCACAGCAACAAACGGAUCAGACUUCUACUGCCACUACUGUUAAGAGAAGUUCGAAAUUUCGUGGAGUCAGCAGACAUCGAUGGACGGGUCGAUUUGAAGCCCACUUGUGGGAUAAGCUCUCUUGGAAUGUAACCCAGAAGAAGAAAGGCAAACAAGUUUACCUUGGAGCUUACGACGAAGAAGAAUCUGCCGCAAGAGCUUAUGAUUUAGCUGCACUGAAGUAUUGGGGGACAUCAACCUUCACCAAUUUCCCGAUAUCAGAUUAUGAAAAAGAGACUGAAAUAAUGCAAACUGUGACUAAAGAGGAGUAUUUGGCCUCUUUAAGAAGAAAGAGCAGUGGCUUCUCGAGAGGUGUGUCAAAGUAUAGGGGAGUUGCGAGGCAUCAUCAUAAUGGCAGAUGGGAAGCAAGAAUAGGGAGAGUUUUUGGAAACAAAUACCUUUACCUUGGCACUUACAGUACCCAAGAGGAAGCUGCUCGUGCCUACGACAUUGCAGCUAUCGAGUAUAGGGGGGUCAAUGCUGUGACCAACUUUGACUUGAGUACAUAUAUAAGAUGGUUAAAGCCAGGAGCAAACGCCGCUCAUGAGACACAGACCAUUACAGACCUGCAGACUUUGGCGUCCCCAACUAAUUACAAUCCAAAAGAGGAAUCGAAAUCCCCCUUCCUUCACAGUAAUCCUGUGGUUACCGACUACAUCAACUCCCCCCAAAAGCAAGAAAUCUUUCGUAGCAAAAAUCCUUUUAACGCAUGCAACAAGUCAUCAUCCUCUCCCACUGCACUAGGCAUCCUCCUUCGGUCUUCAGUAUUCAAGGAAUUGGUUGAGAAGAAUUCAAAUAUCUCUGAAGAUGACACUGAUGGGGACGAGCCAAAGAACCAAGCACAGAUGGGUAGCGACGAUGACUAUGCAGGGAUCUUUUAUGAUGGAAUUGGCGACGUCCCAUUUGUUUGCACUUCCAAUAGAGACAGCAUAGAAUUGCAAGAAAGAGAACUCCACUUCCUUUUCUAAACGGGUCUCUAUGGAAGGGCAUGAGCACGACGAAGAAUUUGAUUAUUUAACCAGGGAGUGCUGUACAACGCUUUUUUGGUCUGAGAUUUCAGGAGCAGAGCUUGUUGAUGCGGUGUCUGCGUGUGUUUCUAUUACUUGUAAAUGAGUUCUUCUAUACCACAGCCGGUUGCUCACCAUCCCCGUAACAUCUUCCGAUCACUCAAGUCACAUGACAGGUCUCGUUCUUUACAAGUUUAAAAUAAGUUGUUGACUAUUCAACGUGUUCCAAGCAAGGAGCUGUUGUGGGGAUGAGUAGCAACCGGCUCAUGUUGAAUAGAAUUAUUGUUUGUACAUUUCACUAGUUGGUCACCAAAAUAAAUCAAUAAAACCGAAGAAACACAAAUGCAUAUCGCAUGAUUUCA